AUAAUAUUUUUGAAACCAAACCACCAUGCUAUAAAUUGGCUGCUAAUCUUCAAUUCUUCUUCCUUAGCUCACACUUAUUUACCAACCCUAAAACUUCACCUUUGUAAAUUUUAUUUUAUCUUUUUUAAGAAAAAAAGAAUGGCUGCAUUAUUCACAGAAAAGGAUGAAGCUUUGGUAAAAGAAUCAUGGGAGAUAAUGAAGCAAAAUAUCCCUGAAUACAGUCUUCGCUUCUUCACCAUAAUAUUGGAAAUAGCACCAGCAGCCAAAAAUAUGUUCUCAUUUUUAAGAGAUUCAGAUGAAAUUCCACACAACAAUCCCAAGCUCAAAGCUCAUGCUGUCAAGGUUUUUAAAAUGACAUGUGAAUCAGCAAUUCAACUUCGGGAAAAAGGCGAGGUGGUUGUAGGAGAGACUACCCUUAAGUAUUUGGGAGCUAUCCAUUUAAAGAACGGAGUUAUUGAUCUCCAUUUUGAGGUUGUAAAACAAGCACUACUGAGAACAAUAGAAGAAGCAACCGCUGAGAAAUGGAGUGAAGAAUUGAAGUGUGCAUGGGGUGUUGCCUAUGAUCAGCUUGCUGCAGCCAUCAAAGCUGAGAUGAAGGAAGAGGCAACUUAAUUUUCACUCAUCGGAUAGAUAAAUAGUCUUCUAUCAAUCCAUGUCUAAUAACAUGUCAGAUGAGUAGGAGAUGAGUGACAUGACAUGUGAUCUGACAGUUAGCAAAGUCAGACAAUCUUUAUAAAAUCUUGUACCAGAUUUGAGUACAACACAAACUAAAAAGGUUUUAAGUUGAUUCUUUGGCCCGAAUUUGUCAUCUCUUUGUGUGACUUGAUGAUUUGGGUCUUUGGGAAUUCUGUAUGGAUGGUAAAAGAAAAAGGGGAAAAAAAAAAAAAUUCUUUUGGUUUAAAUAUUACUAAUUUGUGAUUUUAAA